CUGCGGUCAGUCAGCCAGUCAGUUGUUCUUUGUCCCCGGUGCGAGUUAGAUCGCUUCAUUAUUUACUCGCCAAUAAUAAUCAACUGGCAAUUAGAGCCUCCAUUACACGGGGCGAGUAACUGUUUGCGUGCAUCGUCGCGGCGUAUUUGUCGUCGACUUCCCAGUCAUCGCGCGCUGUCUUUAUCGCGAAAGAAAUCAAUCGUUCGUUCGUUCGUUCGCUCGCUCGUUGUCUACUGAUAGCGCGCAAAUACAGCGGGAUUGUGUUUGGACAGUUAGAGGAUUGAUCGGGAUUUGUUCGGCCUCUGGUGAGGCGGGCAGGAGCAGAGGAUUGGUACAAAUCUUCGUUCACAACCCAGGACGUUGUUCGUCUUCAUUAGUUCACUGGACAGCGGUCAGAGUGGACGGUGGCGAUCAGAUUUGGUGGAUGUUUUCCCGGGUUCGCGUUCUGUUCUAGUGCUCGAUGUAAACUGUUGCGCUGAUUGGUUCUAGUGUUUGCCUAAGAAUGAAAUAAAGUGCGAUUUCGCUGUGGAAAGCUUUGUGUAACCGAUCGGCAGCGCCGAUAGAGUGAUUCAUUUGGAAGUACAUUGAGGAAUAUCCGCGUGGAAUCUCGUUAGUAACGAGCAAGAGAGAGAGUCUUGUGAAGGGAAGCAAAAAGUACAAAGUUCAAGGGAGUGCAGCACACAGUGGUGAUAAAGCUAUGGAUAUUCUACAGCAAGAGGUUCGGGGUGGGAUAGCGUUGUCAACGCUCAGCUCCGAACAACAUGCACCGGUUUAUAACCCGACGACUGUUCCGCUGAAUCGAAAAGAUUCUCGCCACUUGGAUCAUGUGUUGAAUAAUACCGGGCACAGCAAUAAUCACAACAACAACAACGGAGGACACUUCCAGUCGCACAAUGACAUCGAGGCGCACCAUAUUAGGCCGUUCCAGAAUUUGCCGCCCUGCGAACCGGUAGACAUCCAGUUCAAGGAUGUGUCCUACUGUGUCAGUAUGGGAUUCAGAAAAGGCCAGAAAGAAAUCCUGCACAAAGUAAAUGGAAAGUUCCCGGGAAGCCAACUCAUUGCCAUCAUGGGCCCAUCGGGUGCCGGAAAAUCCACACUGUUGGAUUGCCUGUCCGGGUACAGGCGGACCGGUGUGGAGGGAGCCGUUUAUGUGAACGGGCGCAUCAGGAAUCUGAACAGCUUUCGGCGGAUGACGUGCUACAUCACGCAACAGGACCAGCUGCAGACGCUGCUGACGGUGCUGGAGAAUAUGCGAAUUGCGGCGGACCUGAAGCUGGGACCGGAGAGCUCCAAGCACGAGAAAGAGUCCAUUAUCGAAGAUAUCCUCACGGUAUUGGGUCUCUACGAACAUCAGUACACCAUCACUAGUCGGUUAUCGGGUGGACAGAAAAAGCGACUAUCAAUAGCUCUCGAAUUGAUCAACAACCCCACAAUCAUGUUCUUGGAUGAACCAACUACUGGUCUCGACAGUUUCUCGUGCAACCAAGUGGUGGAUCUCUUGAAGCAGCUUGCCAAACAAGGUCGCACCAUUAUUUGCACCAUUCAUCAGCCAUCAGCCAAACUGUUCCAAGAGUUUGACCAAGUGUACGUCCUCUCCAGUGGCGAGUGUAUGUACCAAGGCUGUACCACCAAUUUGGUUCCCUUUCUCCAAUCGGUGGAGAUGCCCUGCCCGGUGUAUCACAAUCCCGCCGAUUAUGUGAUCGAGUUGGCUUGCGGGGAGCACGGGAUGGACAAAAUUCAAACCAUGGUGACAGAGAUGGGGAACGGCGAGAGCACGGAUUGGUUCGGUGACAAACGGAGGGUGCUCAAGUUGGAGCAGCUUCGGAAGAAGUACCCCCUGAAGAAGGUGAUCGAGCAGCACGAGGACUUGACGGCGACGUCACAGUUACACCAACUACAGGUGCUGAUGAAGAGAGGCAUUAUUAAGGGGAAACGGGAUGCGACGCUGACGCACUUGCGAAUCGGAGUCAACAUCUGUAUCGCUGCCAUGCUUGGGUUUUUGUUCGUGGACGCCGGUAACGAGGGUUCGCGCGUGUUGGACAACUACAAUUUGCUGUUCUCGAUCUUGAUGCACCACAUGAUGGCCACGAUGAUGUUGACGGUUUUGACGUUCCCCACAGAAAUGGGAGUCCUCCUGAAAGAGCACUUCAACCGAUGGUACUCGCUCAAAAGUUAUUUUCUGUCAGUGAAUUUACUCGAUCUACCUCUAUCGUUCUUCUGCUGCUUGCUGUUUACAUGCAUAAUUUACUUUAUGAGUGGUCAACCGAUGGAAUUGUUCCGAUUUGGGAUGUUUUUCACGAUCAGCUUCCUCAUCGUGCUGAUAGCGCAGAGCAUUGGCCUUGCAAUUGGGGCUUGGUUUAAUGUGGUGAACGGCACAUUCCUCGGCCCGGUGCUGUCUAUCCCGAUGAUGAUGUUCGCCGGCUUCGGAGUUACCCUGCGCGAUCUGCCCAGCUACCUCAAGUGGGGUUCACACAUCUCCUAUCUGCGGUACGGCUUGGAAGGCUACGUCAACGCGAUCUACGGUGAGAAUCGCGAGACCUUGGAUUGCGAACUCAAACCAUACUGCCACUACAGGUACCCAGCUAAGUUCCUCUCGGAGAUUUCGAUGGAGGGUGACAAAUUUUGGACCGAUGUCUACGCCCUGACGGGGACGCUGGUGCUGGUUCGACUGUUGUGCUACUUUGCCCUCCGAUGGAAGGUGAUAGCCGUGCGAUAGAGACGGAAUGUUUCGAUUCCUGCAAAGAAGACUUCCACCACGCUGUUUUUUGAUAUUUGCUAAAACCUGGGAUAGCAUUUUUGGUUCCAUAGAUAUGUGGGAUAUAAGAAGGGGGGAAGGGGUUGUGCCAAAAAAUAACCGAUUUGCCAAAACUAGACGCGGAGAUGCACAAAGUGGUUAGCUUGUAUUGUGUAAAUAGAGUAUGACAACAAUUCCAGAUAAAGCUAGUGAUAUUUAUUUGCGUAAGAUAAUUCUUCGUGGUUUGUAUAUUUUCUAGACCUCUAGUGCAAUACUUUAAUGUUGAAAUAUAUUGAUAUAAAUACAA